AACCCAUUCGCUGCGUUUCUUCUGCCCUGACCGGAUCGCUUCGUCCUUACGCGGAUUCACCAUGACUCGUGGAAGUCAGAGAGAGCGUGACCGUGAAAGAGCGGCAGCUCGUGCUGGAGGUAAGGGAAAGAAUGCUGACGACGGAUUGACACCUGAGCAACGCCGUGAAAGAGAUGGAAAAGCAUUGCAAGAGAAGGCAGCAAAGAAGGCUGCUCAAGCUGCAGCAGCUGCAGGUUCUGGUGGAGGCAAAGGAUCUGCUAAGAAGUGAUCCUUUUCGUUUGUAUUUUGGUCUUAUUGUUGACUUUAUACAUUUUCUUUAAAUCUCUCAAAAUGUGGGUUAACUUAGACUUGAGCUUUGCUCUUGUCUGAAUCCAACAAUACUGUCUUUUCGUGCUGAAAAUUGCAAGUUUAAUGUUUCUUGUACCAUAUUUGGUCUUUAUAUGAUUGGUU